GAGGUCUAUCAGAAAAUCAAUAUUAGAGACGCUAUCAGUGUUAUAGACCAGGGUGGCAACGUGCUGACCUCUGCCAGGCUCUCUCUGCCCUCCAUGGCCUCCAGGGCAUCUUUCCCAGAGGUCACCAACGUCACCAACUACCUGAGAGAGAACGGUAGUGGGGUCUGUCUGGACCUCCAGGUGAUUGACAACGUGCCGGGAGCCAAGGUGGAGGAGGAGUCAGAAACGCAUCACUUCCUGGCUGGGAACCUGUACAAGCCCAGGAGACGGUACCAGUCCCACUACAGCAGACACUUCAUGACAGUGGGGGGACCACGAGCGUCAGGACAGAGAGAUCUUCCAGAGAAAUAUGAAGAGUCGCAUGGAGACGUCAAGACCACCCGACAAACGCCACAGCCACAAGAAGGACCGCAGCCAGAAAAGGCAGGACCCUUGCAAAAGAAAUGA